AACUGAUUUCAGAGCGGCGGCGUCGACGUCGACGUGGUGGCUGUAGCGCAAAAAUCAAAAGCAAAUUUUUUCCAUAGCAACGCAAAGUAGGGAGAAUCUAAAAAACAACAACAAUUAUAUAUUUAUGGCACUCACAAUGGUCGUAGCCGAAAGCGCACAAGCUUUUAGUGCUGCGCUUUGAACCAAAUAUAAAUAUAGAAGGCGCUCACUUUAUUAUUGGUGUCACACGAGCUAGUAGAAACGCGCAAUCAUAAUACGCAUUGCGGCAAAGGCGUCUUAACCACCAACUGUUAAAAGCGCCUAAGUGCGCUGCAUCGGAAAUCUCCUAAUCAAACGCGCAUAUAUUGCAAGUGCAAACGCAUACUUUAUUUGGUAUCGGAAAUGGUGCGCGACAUUUUUCUCUACAUACUUUUAAUUGUUUUAUUUUGUCUGAUUUUCAUGGCGCAAUUACUCGUGAAUGUGUACGCUUUUCAACGCCAACCGCCCACAACAAAAUCAGAUCGCGCUGAUAUUAGUUUCGUAUAAAAAUGCGUGCGCAAAACGUAACACUUACAGUAGAAUAUUGAGUGUGAGUGUUAAAAAAACGCGGGCGUAGCUUGGCACGUGACGCAGUUGACGACAACGGCAGAGAAUGAUGGCGAAAAAUCACAGCGAAAAGCCUACAAACGCGGGUCUAACAUGCGCGCGCGUAGCGCAUACCAACAAAGCGGAAGCGCGCAGUGAUAACAGCAAUAGACUGCGAAAUGGGCGAAUUAUAACAACAGAGUGCGGCUUAAUCAGGCGGACAAGUAGAACGAGCGCGAAAGUCUAGUUAAUAAAUGGCGAGGAUAAAGUGGUUUCAGUAGCGGCGCUGAGCGCAUGCGGCGUUGAGUACAGGCAGCGAAGCUUACAAUGCAGAUUAAUUAUGGCGCAAAUGUAUUUUGCAGCAAUGUCAGGGUUUCAAUUAAAUGUCAGCGGCAAAGGAAAAGAAAAAAUCAAAUGUACAAUUAAGUUUGUAGCAUAAGCGCGUUGUAACACCAGCGCGCGCGACUGUAAGCAGUUCGCAAUUGCAUAAAUACAGCUAAUUAAGUUUCAUGUU